AUGAUUCGACGCAACUCCGAUCUUGAAAUUCAUCUGCCAGAUGCAGAUGCACCGUCAUCCGCAAACAUCAUCGAUCCGGCAGAUAUAGAGAUGCUCACCUCCGACGACGAGAAACAGAUCCUCACCCUCCCCCCUCACAUCGCGGCUCGAUUCUAUCGACGAUCCGCCAGCGCUCGUCGCGCAUCCGAUAAGCUCUCUCGCCGGAGCUCGGUCUCGUCGAUUCACUCGCACCACUCGAAUACCUCUGCGCACGGCGGCCCCCAAAGCGACCACCUUGCGCAGCAUCUCCGCCGUGCCUCUAUUCUCGAAUCUCGCAAAGCACGCCUAGCCGACCGCGCCGCUCACGCUGAGAAAGUACGACUCCGGGCAGCCGUCGCGAAAGCUGCGACACGGAACUUGCAACGAGAAGAGCGGGCACUGGCUGCGCAACAGGCUCGCGAACGACUGCUGGCUGAAAUUACUGCUAAAUGUGAAGAUGAAGUCCGGCGAGCCAAGAAGAAAGCGGAAGAGACUCGUGAACUGAAAGCUGCAAAGUACGCUCGUCUUCGAUUGGAAAUGGCGGAGAAGUUUGCCGAGGCCGAAAAGCGACGGCUACAGUAUCAGCAGACGCACCGGAGGCCACGGACGGCUAGUCUUCCUGCCGGGGAAGAGAGCAAGAUGGUGAAGACAGUGCUUAAUUCGUUGACGCGGGAUGCUGCGGCGCGGAUCGUUCAGAACGCUUGGAAGAAUCAUGUUGCACGAAGAGUUAUGGAGUCAUUUCGGUCUUUGGAUUUGUCCCAGCAGAAAAUUCGUAACAUGUCAUUUGAUGACGUGAGUUCUCUUCUUUCACAGGAGAGUGUUUUGGAAACGAUGGCCCAGGUGCUUCGUCUUUGCGGAUUGCAGGAUAUGGAAGGCGGAGAAAUGGGCGAGCGAGGCGCUGUGCGGACGUUUUUGAGCAGCUACUUGAUUCUGUCUCAUCCGUCCUCGGUGAUGACCGGCGAUGGCGAGCAAGAACAGGACUUGAUUGAGAAAGCCCGCGACUUGGUCAUAUCGUUUGAACAGAUUACGAAACGGCUUUUGAAACAUCAGCCCAUCACUUCCAUGUCGAGUGAGCUUCAGGUUCUCCGAGAAGCAUACAGUGUCUUUUUCUCGGCUUUUCAUGCUUGGAAAACUCACGACUCUACCGUGUUGAUUGAGAUCAUGCUAGCUCAAUUCGUUGAGUUGGAGCUUAUUUGGCAGACUGUAAAAGAAGAUCGAGCAGGAGGUGCUGCUGACGAAUACUAUCAAGGCAUUCGAACAAAUCAAAUUAUGCUUUUGGCCAGAUUGAAACGACUUGCAGGUCCUGAUAAGGCUCUGGACAUGGUCAAGCAAGCUCUUAGAAAGGCUAAGAGAGAGAAGAAGCACUUAAAGUCGUCUAAGCAGUCGAUUCCUCGGUCUGCAGGGGUUUCGACUAAUGCCGAUGCUCACGCCGACAGUGUUUCGUCUCCAAUCAGUGAAACCUUCAAUAAUGUUGAGAGCGCCGUGCUACACGAACUAGACAAGCAGAGACUAUCACCUCAUGAAAGCUUCACAAAGGCCUUGACAGCUUUACCUGAAAAUCGAGUACUCGUCCAUGAACUAUUGAUCAACCGAGAGUUCAGGAUUGAACAAGGCCAGUAUACCGAACCUCGUCAGCAGAUUAUGAAACACAUGACCGACAUGAUGAGGAGUGACGUGGAUGCUGGCCUCGGGACAAAGUGGAUAGUCGCAAUGGCCACUGUUAUACAGGACCGACUUUUGAGGUCCUUGCGAGCUGGAAAUUCUCUGCAUGUUUUGAUCAGUGAGGCGCUCGACCCCAAGUUAAUUGAGAAUCAAUGCGAGGCUGGCACAUUCUCGUACGAUUCGUUCUUUGACUUUAUGAGCCGCAUACUUCCUCAGCUUUGUGCGCCUUUCCGAGACCCGGAAGUCAAGGCAUUUGCUGAAAACAAGUCUGGUGAUCCCAUUGAUCGAUUGUCUAGGUUGAUGGGCAUUAUUGACUUGUUAUCUUUGGACCAUACCAAUUUUAUGAUCCAGGUGGCAGCUCCUCAGCUUAUUCAAGAAGCACCAGGUUAUGAGCAGAGGACGUUCCAGAAAGGUUUAGAAGAUGGUACUAUCAAACUUGAAAGAACAAAGCGGUUCUGGCAAAAGAACCACAAUCUUGUCGUUGAUGAGAUGAAACGCCGAGAUCCGGAAAUUGCAGAGCGGCGUCAAGUACAGCCUCCAGCAGCCAAGGUUUAUGCACAAGGGCUAGUUGAUAUUGUCCUCAAUAAUGCUCCGGUUCCAUCAGAUCUGGUCCCAGAAACUCUAGAACUGGAUAACGCACGAUUGGAAAAGCUCCACAUGACUGCAUUCAAGAUUGCGGCAACGGCAGCCAUUCUCCUUACUGCGAAGAAUUUACUGAAGCGAGAUUCACGAUCACAAUGGAAAGCAGAAGCGGAUCGUAUUUUGUCUCUUGAUUUUACCGAAAUCAAGCCGGAGAGAAUCCAGUCGAUUAUUGAGUCUACCCGGCCGAUGCCAGCUGCUGCGCGAUCGCAGCUAUUGUCGAUGAUGAGACGGGUCUUGAGCCCGGUCGCGAUGGCUACUACCUCGGUUGACAAUCCACUAAGCUCUCAAAUGCCCUCUGUUGAAUAUGUCUCUGGACAUAUUUCUUCUUCAUCAUCCGCCUCAUCCGGAUCGACAUCUACCGGAACGGAAAGUCCUACCAGCACAUCCUCCUCCUUCACGGACCCAGUCGCCCGACUCAUCCUAUCCCGUCUCCGCGCCCAUGUCUUGUCUCGACUGAGCGCGGCAAGUGCCAGUGAACGCGUUCGCGCAACAACGACAGCAAGCCAAUCCCUCGCCGCAGCGGGCAUGCCAGAAUUUGUCAACGAAGUCGGGAAAUUAGUUGACGAGUUGGGCAAGGUGCGGGAUGUGGAUUGGACGUGUCAUGGGUUGGUGUAUGAGAGGGUUAUUAGUGAGUCUGUUAGUAGCUAA